ACGAAGCGCAGGAUGACGAUCCACGUUGAGGGUCUUGUGGCCAUCGUGCUCUUUUAUGUCUUGAUUCUGUUUGUCGGGAUCUGGGCGGCGUGGAAGAACAAGAACUCCGGAGUUGGUGAUGGUGGGGAGCGGAGCGAGAGUAUCAUGGUCGGGGGCAGGGACAUCGGAUUGUUUGUUGGGGGGUUCACCAUGACAGCCACCUGGGUAGGUGGGGGCUACAUCAACGGCACUGCAGAGUAUGUUUACUUGCCAGACUACGGCCUGGCCUGGGCACAGGCACCCUUUGGUUACGCUCUCAGCCUGGUUGUAGGUGGCUUUUUCUUUGCCAAACCCAUGCGGUCUCGUGGCUACGUCACCAUGCUGGAUCCCUUCCAGCAGCUGUAUGGGAAAAGGAUGGGGGGGCUGCUCUUCAUCCCGGCACUCAUGGGAGAAAUCUUCUGGUCUGCAGCCAUUUUGUCUGCCUUAGGUGCUACACUCAGCGUGAUAGUGGACAUCAACAUCAACAUGUCUGUGGUGAUCUCCGCACUUAUAGCCAUUUUUUACACUCUCGUCGGAGGACUUUAUUCCGUUGCUUACACAGAUGUGGUCCAGCUGUUCUGCAUCUUUGUGGGCUUGUGGAUCAGUGUGCCUUUUGCUCUUUCCAAUCCUGCCGUGUCAGACAUCAGUGUUUCAGCCAAGGAAGCGAUCUAUCAGUCACCCUGGCUGGGUAAGAUCGAGCCUAACGACAAAUGGCUCUGGGCAGACAACUUCUUUUUGCUGAUGUUGGGGGGGAUUCCCUGGCAGGUCUAUUUUCAACGGGUUCUUUCUGCCUCUUCAGCUACCUACGCUCAGGUUCUCUCCUUCCUGGCUGCCUUCGGCUGCUUGGUCAUGGCCGUCCCCUCGGUCCUGAUAGGAGCCAUUGGAGCUUCAACGGACUGGAACCAAACUACGUAUGGUUCUCUCCCUCCAAAGGAUAAGGAUGAGUCAGACAUGAUCCUCCCAAUUGUGCUUCAGCACCUAUGCCCUCCCUACAUCUCCUUCUUCGGUCUGGGAGCAGUGUCGGCUGCUGUCAUGUCGUCAGCAGACUCAUCCAUACUGUCUGCCAGCUCCAUGUUUGCCAGAAACAUUUAUCAGCUCGCUUUCCGGCAGUCGGCCUCAGAUCGUGAGAUUGUUUGGGUGAUGCGCAUCACCAUCUUUGUUUUUGGAGCUCUUGCCACAGCGAUGGCUUUGUUAACUGGAUCGGUGUACGGCCUGUGGUAUCUGAGCUCUGACCUCGUCUACGUAAUCAUUUUCCCUCAGCUUCUCAGCGUGUUGUUCAUCAAAGGCACCAAUACCUAUGGCUCUGUGGCAGGCUAUGUCUUUGGUCUUUUGCUACGCAUUGGUGGAGGAGAACCAUACCUGAAACUCCCCCCGUUUAUCUAUUACCCUGGCUGGGUGACAGCAGAGAAGAUCCACCACCUCACUGGUGACGUAGAGUACUUUGUCCAGCAGAGAUUCCCAUUCAAGACUAUGUCCAUGUUGGCAUCCUUCUUGGCAAAUGUGGCCUUCUCUUAUAUGACAAAGUACAUAUUUGAGAGCGGUAUGCUGUCAUACAAGUACGACUUCCUGGAUGCUGUGGUGUCCAAGCAUAGCAAGGAGAUCAUGGACAAGGCAACACUAGUGAGCAACCACGAUAACAUCAUUCUUUCAGAGAUGGCUCCCGUCAAGCAAGCUCUUGGUGCAUCAAUCGCUGGGACCUUCACCAACACCGAGAUCCUCAGUGAUGACUGCGAAUCAAGUCCAGAGUCUUUUCACAGUGAAAACUAGACAAUAAAGGCACAAAGACAACUCUGAACAAAGAAUGUG